CCAGGGUUCAGCUCUCUUAGUCAGCCUACAGCGUAUUUAUACCCCUCAUACCAGACUUCCUUUGUGCUUCAACAGACUUUUACCCACUGUCUAGCUUCUUCGGCACAGAGAGUCUACUACGAAGACCAGUACGACUUGAGAAUGAAGGAAAUUACCGCAACACCUAUGAUUUCCGAACAUGAAAACCUCGACCGACGCUCGGGUGCGAUACCCUCGGAAUCAUCUCAAGGCCAUGAAAACAACGGGGCUCCCCACGACUCGGACGACGAACCUAUGGUCUACGAGACUCCCCAGGACUACGCAACUUCGGCGCACCAGAAGCGCGACCACCUCAUAGCCGAGGGCGCCGAUCCGGAUUCCGUCAUCUUGCAAAGCGAAGUACGCAAUCAUGUCCCACGACGAGAAGGCGAGUCCCCUGCCGACUUUGGGAAGCGUUACUGUGAGACUAUGAAGGCCAUGAUUAGUCGCGGCGUUUCUAUUCUGAAUGAUGUAUGUACUGCUGAUGUGGUGCCAUCUGGAUUCGAAACCGAAGAUGGAAGGUUUUUCGAUUUGGGCCCGGGAUCGGGUGUGACGAAGGGGGAGUUUCGAGAAUUUAGUCGGUGGUUCUCGGAGAUGUUGGAAGCAGAACAGAUGCAUGAGGUGCCGGAGAAGUGGCUUAAGUUUGAGAAGCCCAACCCAAGGGAUAUUUGAAUGGUAACAACGGGAACAGGCCAUGAUCAUGGAUUUCAGAUUUCCUACGUCCCCGGAUCCCAUAUAUCAAGCGGGUGUGUCAAUAGAACUGGCCAUGCAGCUCGAACUCUAGUCACUAAUCUAAAAUGGCCGGCAGGCCCUGUUCUCUCGUCUCCAUCACUGCUCAAGGGCGAC